AUGAGCGGAUGGAGCUGCUGCUCAUGUUCCGAGCCCAGUCACAGAUCCUCGGUUGGUGCAUCAUCAUAAUUGCUGCAUUCGUGGGCCUUCUGGGUACCUGCUACACAAACUGUCGCUCCAAAGUCAGCUACCUGCAGCUCACAUUCUGGAAACGCUAUGUGGAGAAAGAGAAGGAGUGCUUCGAUACCUUUGCUGCGGAUUACGCAAACAAACUGGCCGAAAGAAACCUGCAUAGCUUCUUCGGGAACAACGACCCUGCUCCGUUCCCUUUCCCCAAUCACAGGGCCUGGGAGGAGAUCUCUGCACUGCACACCUUCUCCAGGAGCGAGCAGUAUUACAGCACCCUGCAGCGCUACGUGGAGAGGACAGACAGGGACUUCACGCCAGAGAAGAGACCUGUGUUGGACGUUGAGCAUGGAAUAGAAAUGCACUGACUGUGGGGACACUGUUAGCUAAUAACCACUGUUUGUAUUUAACUCUCAGUGUGUUGUAUGUGUGGUCUGACUCAGGAAAAGCUUCCUCCUCACUGACAAUGCUGCUACUUACUUUGUUGCACAAAACAAUGUGACCAAAUUGCAAUGGUACUAUAUCUUCCCUAAACACAUGAAGGGCAUAACCACUAUCGUAUAGUCCCUGGCUAUUUCACACUGCAUGCAUGUGAGGUGUUCUAUUUCAAUCUAAUAAACACACUUACAGGAACAUCGGAAAACACUGAGGUCAUGUCCUGGCAGGGUUGGGAGUUUUUUUAAUUUAUUUAUGUCUUCUGUUACAACUACUAGUUACCUGUAAAAAUAUACAAU